UAACCAACAAAAGGCCUUUUGCAGCACUGUGUUUCAAAACCUGUUUUUUUUUUUUUUUUUAUUUGUGUCCUCAAACACAACAGGACAUGUGACUAGGGUUGCAAAAUUCCCGGAAUUUUCAAAGAUGUUAACUUUCCAUGGGAAUAAACGGGAAUUUAUGGGAAUAAACUGGGAAUUUUCAAAAUUGAAGGUUGGCUCUUCUUAGGGAACUUAAAUAUAGUUGAGCAAAGUAUAUUUUAGCAUAAUAUUGACAAAAACAAACAAAUGCAAUUCAAUUACACUUGAAUAUCCAUGCCAUUCCUUAAUCACAUGUACAGAGCACAUGCUUGCAGCAUGGCAAUUGAGACCACCUACAGGCACUGUGCAUGCCUCCAUCACAUGUACACAUGGACCACACUUUUGAGCCUGAAGAACAAAGAGUAUUGAAGGCACACAUUUGAGCCUGUGGACUUAACAAGUGAGGUAAGUUUUGAUGAUAUUAUGGGAAAAUAUAUUCAUUAAAUGUUUAAAUUGUGAAUAUCACAUAAAAUGUAUUAAUCUGGUAGAUAGCAAUCUGAUAAGAUGCUAAAUAAAAUGCUAGCAUCUGUUAGAUGCUAAAUAAGCCAUAGCUAGUAUAACAUAAAGAAGAUGCUAGCUUUCUCAUUUGGCUGUUUUGUUUUGAAGAUGAUUCCAGUAGUGAUGGGUCGGUCGCGAACGAAAUGGCUCUUAGAGCCGGUUCUUUGACGUGAACGACGCGAGUCGGCUCCUCAUUGCGAGCCGUGUUUUUUUUUUUCUUUCUCUCACCCUCUCUCUCUCUUGCACUUUUUUCCGCUUUACUCCACACGCGAGCCUUGUGCUUUACCCUGGGAUGAGGGGGGAGGGGCCGUAGUUACACUCAGCAGCACAGGAACAGAACAGGAGGGAGAGACAGAGAAAGAGCGCCAGGGACAACAACUUCACAUUAGAAAGAAAAAUGCCACGUGGGCUAUCUGAUGUGUGGAGACAUUUUACACCAGCUAAUGUACAAGGGAAAUCUGUAUAUAUGUGUAAGUAUUGUGAUAAGACGUACGUGAAGAAUGCCACAAAAAUGCAACAGCACAUUGCAAAGUGCAAAAAAAUUCCUCAAGGCCCAACACAUGCAGCAGCCAGGAGUUCCACUCAAGGGGAAAAUGAAUCUGUUUCAGCUGUAUCAGAGUCAGAUACCCACUCAUCAGCUCCUGGUCCCUCUGGCAUCAGAGGAUUCUUUGAUUUUAUGGAUGACACUAGCCAGAAAAACGCAGAUGAGUGUUUUGCUCGUGCAAUCUAUGCAACUGGCUCACCCCUGAUGCUGACAUCCAAUGUGUACUGGAAGAGAUUUUUGAAUGUUCUCCGACCAGCAUACAUUCCCCCAACCAGACAUGCAUUGUCUACUCAUCUACUGGAUGAAGAGUUCAGUCGAGUUCAAGCAAAGGUGAAACAGACCAUUGACCAAGCUGACUGUAUUUCAGUCAUCUCUGAUGGAUGGUCCAAUAUCAGGGGACAAGGAAUUAUUAACUACAUAAUCACCACUCCUCAGCCUGUGUUCUACAAGAGUGUAGACACAAAGGAAAACAGACACACAGGCCAAUAUAUUGCAGAUGAGCUCAAAGUGAUCAUCAAUGACCUUGGACCAGAUAAGGUUUUUGCACUGGUCACUGACAACGCAGCCAACAUGAAGGUUGCCUGGGCACAUGUGGAGGAGACCUACCCUCAUAUAACUGCUAUUGGCUGUGCUGCCCAUACACUAAAUCUUCUCCUAAAAGACAUAAUGGCACUAAAAACAAUGGACACUCUGAAUAAGAGAGCGAAGCAAGUUCUGAAAUAUGUUAAAGGCAAACAAGUAACUUCCGCUACAUUUCUGUCAAAGCAAAAGGAAAAGAACAAGAGUACUACACUGAAGCUUCCCAGCAUAACGCGAUGGGGUGGUGUUGUUAUCAUGUUUGACAGCCUUCUGGAAGGAAAGGAGUCUCUGCAAGAGAUGGCCAUAUCCCAGUCUGUAGGCAUCGACAGUGACAUCAAGAAGGUCAUCUUGGAUGAUGUGUUCUGGGAAAGAGUAUCUAGCAGUCAGAAAAUCCUCAAACCUAUUGCAGCAGCAAUAGCGAAGAUAGAGGGGGAUGGUGCCAUCUUGUCAGAUGUCCAGUGCCUUUUUGCAGAACUCAAAGAAGAAAUCCAGACAAUUCUGCCCACUUCCCUACUACUGAAAGCAGAGGAAACGGCUGUGGUCAAGUCAUUGGAACAGCGGAGGGAGUUCUGCAUGAAGCCAGUGCAUGCAGCAGCAGCAUACAUGCUGGACCCCAAACAUUAUGACAAGGGCAUACUUUCUGGGGAAGAGAUCAACAGUGCCUAUGCGGUCAUUACAGCCAUGUCUGACCACCUGGGUCUCGAUAAAGGCAAAGUUCUAGGCAGUUUGGCAAAGUAUCGAACAAAGCAAGGCCUUUGGAAAGGGGAUGGAAUAUGGCAGUCAUACCAAAACAUAUCUGCAGCCACCUGGUGGAAGGGACUAUGUGAAUCUGAGGCCCUUGCACCUGUAGCCUCCAUCCUCCUCCAAAUCCCACCAUCAUCAGCCGCCUCCGAGCGCAACUGGUCACUGUUUGCGAACACCCACACAAAGGUUCGCAACAGACUCACAAAUGUGAGAGUGGAAAAGCUGGUUGGCAUUCGGGCAAACCUAUGGCUCUUUGAGCCUGACACAGAGCCAUCCUCAACAAGGCUGGAAGGUGACAUUGAAGAGGAAGACUCAGAGUUGGAUGCUGAUGAAGUGGACAUGUUGUUGGAUGAUGAUGAGGUCCAGGAAGAGUCUAUUGACUGAGCAAAAAUGAGAAAAGAGGAUUGCUUGAAGGAAGAUUUGCAUGUUUAAUGGGACGUUUUGAAGGAUAAGUUUAACCUUUUGAAUGGGACUUUGUGGAGAUUUCUGGACAGGGGGCAUUUUCGAAUGAGCGGGGUUAGGGGAUGGCAAUAUUGAAAUCAACAUUUCUGUUUUUAUUCAUCCAUGAAACAAGUUAUUGAAACGUGUUCUAUUCUACUGUACUUACAAAUAAAUCCGUUGAAAUAUCUGUUGAAAACAUUUUGCAUGGAGGUUUUCUUAUGAUUUCUGUUUAUAUUUAUGCUUGGAAAUAAUAUAUUCCCAGUUAGUUCUCCUAAAUUCCCAUUAAUUUCCAUAAUUCCCAUUAUUUCCAUGGAAAGUUUCCAAUAUGGAAUAUUUCCAAAAUUCCCAAGCUUAACUUACCAUGGAAAUUUACCGGAA